AUGACAAUAUCAUAUCAUCUUGAUGUCUCAUCCGCAUCGUUGUUCUCCUUUCUUCGGCUUCUGUUCCGAUGGAAAGCGAGCGUGUGGAAAUUGGUUCUAAAGGAGUUGAUCAUCUGGACAAUACUCUAUCUGAUCGUUUCCUUCUUCUACCGAACCAGCUACUUCAUGACCCCUGAGCAGAAAGUAACAUUCGAACGAGUUGCUCACUACUGCGAUAAUCUUUUGGAUUACAUACCGUUGACAUUCGUUCUCGGAUUUUUUGUUAACACAAUUAUUGUGCGUUGGUCUGAUUUGCUGUACAAUAUGGGUUAUGUUGAAAGUCAGUCAAUUUUUGUCGGAAAUUACAUACGAGGAGAUGAUAUCGAGACUCGGUUGCUGCGACGAACUAUUGUGCGGUAUAUGUGCUUGACACAAGCUUUAGUGUUCCGAGACAUCAGUGUUCCGGUGCGGAGACGUUUUCCAACGAUCAAUUGUCUUAUCCAAGCAGGCCUACUUCUGCGAGAAGAAAAAGAAAAACUGGAUGCCAUAAAGGUGGAAUACGAUAAGUACUGGGCACCAACAAACUGGAUUUAUGCGUUGAUAUUUCGGGCGAGGAAAGCCGGCAAAAUAACACAUGAUAUAAUGGCCAGUAAACUGUGUGAUGAAAUCAAAUAUUUCCGAUAUAAUCUUCAAAUGGUAUGCAACUACGACUGGGUCCCGCUGCCACUUGUUUAUCCACAGACGGUUUUCUUAGCAACAUACGCGUACUUCGCAACGUGCCUCAUUGGUCGACAAAAGAUAAUCACCGAUCGUAAAGUACCUUACAAACAUAACACAAGUUUAUGCAUCGUCGAUGAUGAAUAUGACAGUGCUCCGGAAAUUCGAGCAGAUAAGUUCUGGAAGAGAGGUCGAAUCGAACCGCUGUAUUCGUCAAUUUCCGCUUCUGAACCUGUAAAUCCACUGAUCGGCUCGGCUAUUAAUGCCAAACUUGAUAUUAAAGAGGGCAACGAGGUGAUGAUGAAGCGUUUACCAGAACGUCGUAAUGCGAUUGAUUUGGGCAGAAAACGGAGGGCCAACUCGAGAAUUUCGAUUAAUUUAGGUUCACUGUCAAGAAGACGUUUAUCGCAUAGAAAAAUUUCGGCAAUGACCGUAUCUGCGAAAGAAAUGCAAGAAAUCGACGCACGUUUACCACAUCUAAGUCCUCAAGAUGAAGAUGACAACCGUAAAAAUGGAACCCAUCUAACGUCGUGCUCAAUUUGUCCGAAUUGUCAUCAGUUGAGAAAUCAUUCAAAUCCUCUAAACAAAGUACGGGAACGUAAUAUGGAUGAGUUCAUUGGACGACGACAAUCGUUGUUGCCUUCGAUGAAACUACUGCCUGACGAUGAGGUUGAAAACGAUUACAACAGUGCCGAAAUGAAUGCCGAAAAAGCCUCAACUUCAACCGAUAGUAACUUCAUACCACCCGAUCCAUCACCCACUAACAUCAACACCAAUGAGCAAUCAUCCCCCAAUCAGAAACCCAAAUCGAACACCAAAGAAGGCUGGUUUUAG